AUGUCACCAUCUAAAUUUUCAAAGCGAAUAUCUAAUAAUGCUGUAGUCAAACAGAAGCAUAGAAAACCAAAUGUAUCAAAAAUAACAAACAAUAAUCAAGUUGCAAAGAUGUCUCGUAAAUAUCUUCUUAAUUCAUUAGCUGAAAUAGGCAUUUUAAUUCCACCCGACAUCAAAACUGAUGUAUUACGUCUGUUAUAUGAAACUAAUAUUAUCGAAGACCAACAGAAAAAGAAGAAUAAACUUCCAAUUGCAUCAGGAAUGGCUAAACCUCAUCAUGAUCGACAUGCUGCUUCUGUUGAUGAUUCUUCGGAUGAUGAUACACAUCGAAUUGAUGAUAUUAAUGUUAAUUAUAACAAAAUGAAUCCAGCUGCUAUACAAGAUGAAGAAGAAGAUCAUAUUAUGGCUCGUCAACAAAAAAUAUCAAAUGAAUUUGCUCAUCAAGCUGCAUUAAAAAAUAACAUUAACAACAAUUCUGGUAAGCCAUUUACAUUGUUUUCGGCUCCAACAGCUGAAGAGAACUUACAUAUUGGAACUAGUGGACUAUCUGUACGAGGAGACAGUGAUCUUGAAACUGUUCCGAAAGGUUUAAGAAAAGCUAUUAUUGAAGGUUAUAAUGUUAAUUUGGUUCGUCUUCUUCUUCCUCGAGACAACAAAAAAUAUAGCCGUAAUGAUGAUGAUGAUGAAGACAAAAAUGUUUAUCUUAAACAAAAGGAUGAUCCUUGUUUAGAUAAAAACCUUACUAUUUCUGAAUUUAUAUUAGCUUUUACACGUUAUUUAAAUAUCAUCUGUGAAGUUUUUCCUCAACGACGUCGUGAAUUAACAGCUUAUUUGUGUGAUAUAAUUCGUUUAUCUUCUCGGUUCGGCCAUCCUUUUUUCUAUCAUUACCACCGUUUAUUUGCUCAAAAAACCGAAACUCUCUUGCAAACACGUAACAUUUUGAUCGAUUGGUCCAAAAGAGACCACGAUAUUUAUUUUAAUGUCUUCUCUGGAUUACGACCAAUUGUUUGUGAUUUAUGUCGAAGUCCAGACCACUCCACCUCUUUUUGUAAAAAAAUACUCAAUCGAGAUGAUUUAAUCGAAAAAAUAUUAUCCGAAAAUCAAUCUCAUUUUACAUCUACAACAUCAUCGAAAGUGUCUUUUCUUCAAGCUUUAGGUAGUGAUGAUGUUAAGCAAGAUUCUGGUCCUACUUUUACCGGUUGCUCUAUAAACAUUCCUCUAAUAGCAACUACGCCAAUUGAUAUUUGUCGAUUGGAGCACGAAUUAGCUGAUCAUCCUGAUAAGGAAUUUACUUCAUUCUUGUUAUCAGGCUUACGUGAAGGUUUUGAUACUGGUAUCUGCAACAUACCUAAUAAACCUUUAGAAUGCCCCAAUUUACGAUCAGAUCGUCGUGAUCCUGAAAACGUUACUUGUUUAGUGGCAGAAGAACUUAACAAAGGUUUCUUAAUCGGUCCGUACAACUCUCCACCUUUUAUUAAUUAUCGAAUAAAUCCUAUUUGUUUGGUUGAAUCGAAAUAUUCAAAAAAGAAAUGUUUAAUUUUUGAUUUAUCUGCUCCUCAUAAUGAUAAAGACCAUCCAAGUAUUAAUUCUUUAAUCGAUAAAGAUUCCUAUUCUUUAUCAUAUGUUACUGUCGAUGAUGCUAUUAAAAGCAUGCAGAAAUUAGGAAAGGGUGCCUGGAUGAAUAAAGCUGAUAUUCAAGAUGCUUUUAAAUUACUUCCGAUUAAACCAUCUCUAUGGCCUCUCUACGCCAUUAACCGUAAUGAUGAUGAUGAUGAAGACAAAAAUGUUUAUCUCAAACAAAAGGAUGAUCCUCGUUUAGAUAAAAAUCUUACUAUUUCUGAAUUUAUAUUAGCUUUUAUACGUUAUUUAAAUAUCAUCUGUGAAGUUUUUCCUCAACGACGUUGUGAAUUAACAGUUUAUUUGUGUGAUAUAAUUCGUUUAUCUUCUCGGUUCGGCCAUCCUUUUUUCUAUCAUUACCACCGUUUAUUUGCUCAAAAAGCCGAAACUCUCCUGCAAACACGUAACAUUUUGAUCGAUUGGUCCAAAAGAGACAACUAUAUUUAUUUUAAUGUCUUCUCUGGAUUACGACCAAUUGUUUGUGAUUUAUGUCGAAGUCCAGACCACUUCACACCUUUUUGUAAAAAAAUACUCAAUCGAGACGAUUUAAUCGAAAAAAUAUUAUCCGAAAAUCAAUCUCAUUUUACAUCUACAACAUCAUCGAAAGUGUCUUUUCGUCAAGCUUUAGGUAGUGAUGAUGUUAAGCAAGAUUCUGGUCCUACUUGUAAAUUUUAUAAUGGAGCCGGUUUCGGAAAAUGUCUUCAACCGAAUUGUCGUUUUCUUCAUUUAUGUUCUCGUUGUCGAGUUACCGGUUGCUCUACAAACAUUCCUCUAAUAGCAACUACGCCAAUUAAUAUUUGUCGAUUGGAGCACGAAUUAGCUGGUCAUCCUGAUAAGAAAUUUACUUCAUUCUUGUUAUCAGGCUUAUGUGAAGGUUUUGAUACUGCUCGUCGUGAUCCUAAAAACGUUACUUGUUUAGUGGCAGAAGAACUUAACAAAGGUUUCUUAAUCGGUCGGUACAACUCUCCACCUUUUAUUAAUUAUCGAAUAAAUCCUAUUGGUUUGGUUGAAUCGAAAUAUUCAAAAAAGAAACGUUUAAUUUUUGAUUUAUCUGCUCCUCAUAAUGAUAAAGACCAUCCAAGUAUUAAUUCUUUAUCAUAUGUUACUGUCGAUGAUGCUAUUAAAAGCAUUCAGAAAUUUGGAAAGGGUGCUUGGAUGAAUAAAGCUGAUAUUCAAGAUGCUUUUAAAUUACUUCCGAUUAAACCAUCUCUAUGGCCUUUCUACGGCCUUAAGUGGAAUAGUCAUUAUUAUUUCUUUUUACGCUUACCAUUUGGUUCGCGUAGUUCACCUAAGUUAUUUGAUAUGUUAAGUGCAGCUAUUGUUUGGAUUGCUGAACAUAAUUAUGGUCUUAAAAAGAUGUUACAUUUGUUGGAUGACUUUUUUGUAGUAGAUAGUCGGAAUGAUGGUGGAGAACGAACUUCUGUCAUGAUUAGUCUUAUUUUCAAUCGGCUUAAGAUUCCUUUAUCAGUACAUAAAACCGUCGGUCCUGCUCAAGAAAUUGAAUAUUUAGGUAUUAUUCUUGAUUCAAAUCGCAUGGAGGCGAGGUUACCUCAAGCGAAAGUAUUACGUAUCAUGGAAAUGAUUAAAUCAUUACUUAAUCGACGUAAAUGUAAAAAAUGUGAAUUACUAGUUAUCCUAGGUCACAUGUCAUUUGCUUCCAGAGUUGUUAUUCCCGGCAGAACAUUUGUUCAUUAUUUAUUCAACUUGACCCCUUAUGUUCGAUCUCUGGAAUCUCAUAUUACCAUUGAUCGGCAAGCCCAACUCGAAUUAAUAAUGUGGUAUCGACAUUUGAGUGAAUGGAACGGAACUUUUUUCGUUCUUGAUCCUAAUAUUUUCAGCAAUACUGGCUUGGCUUUCUCUACGGAUGCUAGUACAACUGUCGGGUGUGGUGCUGUUUUUGGGAAUGAGUGA